UUGGAUAUGUUUAAUCUCGAUUUUCCUUCCUCAUUUUCCUGCUUUCAUCUUCAUUGAUAUUUAAAUAAUGCCAGUCCCAACGCACGGGCUAACGGAGGCCAAGGUCCUGCCUCAAUUCGACAAAGAUAUCCGUGACCUUCAUCUGAUAUAUGAUUAUGAUGCUUAUGAUUCCAAUGGCAAGCCUGAGAAAUGGAGAUAUGAAAUGUACUUCUCCACUUUAUCACCGGAAACCCUCAAUCCACUCCUCGAGAGAAAUGAGUUGACCUGUGUCCUGAAGGUGGUUCUUCUCUGAAAAAAGAAUCGUGUAUAAAAUCCACGGCGGCCCCAUGGCUGGGCGCAUCAAUUACCAGACAGCCUCAUACCAAUGCAUCAGACCCGGUGAACUAUGGCAGUGUAAUUGGCUCGAAGAAACUGGCACAAUCUGCUCUCUCGUCUAUGACAUCCCUAACAAGAAGAUCUCGACGCUCUUGGCUUUCAGCCAAGGCCACUGGGAACGUCCCCAAGAAGCUCAUGGUGAUAAACGCAACCCGGCCGAUUUCGAGCGCUGGAGAGGCCUGGCGAAGAUUGGAAAACAGACAGAUCGGUUUAUGUUGAAUGAGCAAGCUGACAUUCUUGAGGCUUUUAAGGGGAAAGGCGACCUUGUGCCGAUUGAUCCGGAGGCGGAGACGAUAUGAUGGGAUGAGUGGAGUAGAUAGAUGGUGUUGAUUUAGAUGUUAAUAGACUUAAAUUGUAAAUUGUGACGGAUCAAGAGCCAUCUCCAUGUAUUCGCCGUUGAACUUUGAGCCUUCGAUUGCUGGCAUCCUGUAUUUGAUGAGAGGUUGUUCACCCCUCCAUUCCAACCUAGCAUCAACCCCAAACCUCCCAUGACACUCCUCAAACCCCCUCCUAUACCACUCCCUCUCACUCGCCUCCCCUUCACUCCACUCAUCCUGCCCUCCAAUCCAGCAAACACCCCCAUCCAAACCCCUACUAUACCCCAUAUCCCUCAGACCCUCCUGGCAAACCUUCGCCAGCAUCUCUACAUACCCGACCCUCUCUCUUCUCCUGCCAAUCCACCACUCAGCCUUACUCCUACUGACCCCAUACCUCA